CGGUGGCCAUCAAGGGACUGCUGCCAGGCAAAGCAUCCCGCGUCGCAGUCGCCAACCUCGCCAAUGAGAUUCUCUUGGCGUCCACCAUGCAAAGUCCAUACAUUGUCCAGCUGCUCGGUGCGAGCUGGCGGAUUCCGUCCGACUUGCAGAUGGUCCUUGAGUGGAUGGAUCGAGGCGACCUCCGCUCCGUCCUCUACAAGACAGCACCCUCCACUCCGAACGAAGCGUCCGCCAGCUUUUCGUGGGACGAGAAGAUCGAAUGCAUGCUCUCGAUUGUCGAAGGGCUUGUCUACUUGCACUCGAUGAACAUUCUUCACCGCGAUCUCAAGUCCCGCAACAUCCUUCUGGACUCGACCAAGGGUACGAAACUCACCGACUUUGGCACGUCCCGAGAGAUGUCGACCGAGACCAUGACGAUCGGUGUCGGUACAUUUCGCUGGAUGGCCCCGGAGGUCCUCCACGACUGCUACUACUCGACGGCGGCCGACGUCUACUCGUUCGGGGUGGUGCUCUCAGAGCUCAGCACGCACGAGAUUCCAUACUACGAUCUUUGCAACGAGAAAGGCCAACGGCUCGGGGAUACGGCGAUUAUGUCGCGUGUCAUGAGCGGGUCGACUGCACCAACGUUUGGAACGAGCACGCCGUCCUGGGUGCUGGACUUGGGCAAAGCGUGCAUCGCUACAUCACCCGAGAGUCGCCCGACUGCGAUACAGAUCGCACACGUAAUUCGCCAGCACAUUCAGACUGCGUUGUAAGAACUUGCAAAAGAAAUGGUGUAUGUCGUUCUAUA